AUGAUGGAAUGGACUAGGACUUUAGUGAAGGCUGCCCAUAUGAUAGCCCAGCAGAUGGAUGUCACGGGCUGGUUCUGUACGUAUGUGUGUAUAGAGGAAUCACAAUCAGGCAGCGCUGAAAGAUGGGGUGGUCGUGGACCAGAGCACAAUAUGGCUCUCCAACAAAUACUCAAGCUCCAAGAAGCGAGAGCCCUCCACAAGACCUCCCUUCUUCCCCUUUACAAGAAGAAUGGUCUUCCGUCCCCUCCGGGAACUGGCUACGACAAGCCUGACAAGAGACCAGAAUAUCCUGACCCUCGAGCUUUCGAGCAAUCGAAGCUUGAGGCAGAGUUCAGAAGACUAAUGGAACAUUCAAGUAGAGAUGUUCGCCAUGACGAAUCCUUGAAAUACUUCCAACAUGUGAUGGAAGCUAAACAACAUUACGAUUAUUUGAAAAGUCUACAAGAAAGAGACACAAGAAGCAGUCCUAGAGAAAAUCAUGCAGAAGUAAAGAAAGAAACAAUGUCACCUAACAAUAACAGAUCGACGCCCGUGCAACAAUCGCCUCCUCAUAGAGUGUCGUCAGCCGAAGCAUCUCCUAACCACAGCAUCCGCCUAUCUACCUCAUCCAGUCCUCUCUCAACCACUAGUCCAAUAAACUCAUCCCCUUUAAGUCACUUGCAAAGUAUGCAGCCUUUUGAUUUUCGAAAAAACAAAGCAAAUGAGAACAACGACAAGGAAGAAAACAGAAAACCCUAUGAUUUAGCGUCAGCGGAAAAAGCCACCAUGGAUUUAAUGAGGAGUCAGUUCUUCAAUUUUCCAUUGCCGUCUAAUCUGCCUAUUCCUGCCAUGACGAUGCCUUCGGCGUUCAAUCACCAGGCAGCAAUGGUAGCCGCACUAAGUCAAAACCCAAUGGGCUUAGCCUCUCUUCAAGCUCUUUUACCGCAAAUGUCAGCAAAACCUACAGAACCAUCGGAAAAUAAAAUUCAUAGCAAUGGCAAAGCCAGAAGUGAAGAUCCAAAAUCAGACGAUGACAAUGUUUUGAACCUAAGCAAGGACUCUUACGCUGAAGCAGCUCAAAAUUCCAGGAAUAUGAUGUUAGGUAAAUGCAUCAGUCCACCAAAACGCCAAUGGGGUGCAUCACAGAUGCCACUGAAUUUGGGUACGCAUUUCAUUAACCCAGCAACUGGUAAAAAGAGAGUGCAAUGCAAUGUAUGCCUGAAAACUUUUUGUGAUAAAGGAGCUUUGAAGAUCCAUUUUUCUGCUGUUCAUCUACGUGAAAUGCACAAGUGUACUGUUGAAGGAUGUAGUAUGAUGUUCAGUUCCAGAAGAUCAAGAAACCGUCACAGUGCAAAUCCUAAUCCAAAAUUACAUUCACCCCACUUACGAAGAAAAAUCUCACCACAUGACGGUAGAACGGCUCAAGUUCACCCAGUGCUUAUUUCACCGCAUAGAGCUGGUUUGAACAUUCCUCCUGUGAUUAAUCCGAUGCAUCCGUUCGGAUCUUACCCUCUAUUAAACCCACCUCACAAUAUGGGCCAGUUCCCGACUAGUUUGCCUCUAGACUACAAGAACAAUAUGAAUAUGAACUUUUCACCAUCUUUCGAUCACAGUCAUCCAAUGAGGCGUGAAUCGGAUUCUGUGGAAAAUAAAGACCAAGAUGGCCAAGGAGACUCUGAUGAAGAUGAUGGUAUUGUAGUAGUAGCUGGUGACGAUGAUGAUGAAGAUGGUGAACAUAUCGACACAAGCGAUUAUUACCUGAAUUUGAACAAAUCUAUAGGCUCUAUAGAUGAUUCUGAAACUGACUUUGAUCAACGAAGUGUAAGUGAUAAUAAUGAAGUAGCUGACAAUAGAAAAGACGAAGCUGCUAGUCCCGAAGUAAUGAAAAGAAAACGCAAAAAUCUUAAUCCAACUCGUUUACAGAAUCAUUAUAUCACAGAAAAUGGUAUAAAUGACCAAAAAUCGACUGCUGAUCGUCCAGAUAAAGAUGAAAAUGAAUGUGCUUUAGAUUUGAAAAGAGUUAAAACUGAAAAUGAUGAGGAAGCUUCUGCAAAUCAAGUGCCAAUAAACAAUGAUGAUCUUCCUCAAGAGAAAUCUGAAAAAACCAAAUCUGAGUCACAACAAGAAACAUUACCUGCACCAGUCAUCAAAGACGAACCUACAGACAUGAGUUAUAACAUUCAAGAUCUGAGAGUAAAAGAUGAACCAAUUGAUAAACAAGACGUUUAUAAACCCACAAACGAUCGCACCAAUGAGGAACACUUUUCAUCAGAAAAUGCUCUUAAAAGACUGGAAAGUUUGUCAAAAGGUGACUUUCCUAGUGUUAAUAAGAAACACGACUCUUCUUUGGGCCCUUACAAUCUAACAAUGAAUGAUUCGAUAGAUUACUCUGACAGAUCUCGGUCUUCAUCUGUAUCAAGUUUUGACUACAACGCAGAAGACACUCAUGGCCAAAUAUUUGGGCACUUUGACAACGGUUUCUUUGUCAGCACACCUGAUGUUCCCAUGGACCAUGAAAACCCCCGUAAAUGCACUGUAUGUGGAAAGAUUUUCCAGAACAUUUACGUCCUCAAAACUCAUUACCAAAAUGCACAUCUCAAGCUUAUGUACAAAUGCAACGUUGAUGGAUGCAGAGCGGCUUUUUCAUCGAAACGAAGUAAAGACCGCCACAGUGCAAACAUGAGUUUACACAGGAAAAUAGAAGAAUAUAGAAUAUCAGAGGAAUCUUCGCGUUUUCUGGAUAAGAUACGAGAGCAAAUGGAAUUGAUCUCACGGUACAAUGAAGAAGAACGAGCUGUUCCUUACGUAGAAUCUCAUUUAUACUACCGAGCAAAAGAAUCUGAUAAACUCAAGAACCAUUUAAGUCAACAACUGCCGUUCCCGUCUCCUUAUCCUCACUUACAGUUGCCAGACACUUAUCUGAGCAACAGAGAUAUGUUUGCACAGCAUUCGUUCCUAUUCACUCCAUUUGGUAUGCUUCCUAAUUUCCCUCCGAUUCCAUUAGGGUUCCUACCACAAAGUUUGAAUGCUUUCGGUUGCCAACCAAAUUACUCUCCACCGCAUUCGAGGAAGUUGAACUACUGUGUGGAGGACGAGGCACCACGACCAAAUAAGGACGGGAGCUAUCCAUGCCGGGGUUGUAAAGACUGCUUCAAAGACCUGUCUAGCUUGAAGCACCACUGUGAAAGUGUACACGUGCAGUCUUUACAUCGGUGUACAGUCAGCGGUUGCAACGCUGCUUUCUUUUCAAGAACUAAGAGAAACAUUCAUUAUGAAGCUCACAUGGCGCGCAGACAAAAUGGUCGUAUCCACAUGAAUCCAUCGUGACCUGAAUAGUUCUAUUGACUGUAGUCGAAUCUCCAGUGCAUUUGUGAUUUCAUUUAGUAUUACCAAAUAGUUUUGUAAGUCUAGGCAGUACCAGUACCUUUAUAUUCUCAGUAAGAUGAGGUGGUAUCAUUGUGGUGAAUGGCUCAGCUGUUUGUGAAACUGUGGUGAAUACUGCAUUGUAAAUAAUAUAGUAGAGAUUGAUCGCUUAGACUUUUCCAUUUGUUGUAGCAUGGAUAGUAUUUUAAUGUAAUUCAACAUUCCAUAGUAAUAAAUCGUGCAAUAAAAUGUAAAUAAAUAAUAGUGUGUAAUGUACAAAGUUUUGGCUGAUGUAGUUUUGAUGAUGAAUGUAAAUGUAUGUGCUACAAUGUCGUAUGUAUAGCUGUGAGUUUAAAUGUAUCCUUCUAAAUUUAUUUCUGUGGUCUUUUAGCACAAGUGGGGAUUUGUAACGAUGUUAUCUGUAAUAUCUUUAUUUACUUUGUCUUUUCCUUUUCUUCCUUCUCUUCUAUUUCUUGUUCUUCUUGCUUCAUAACUCGUUACAAAAAAUCCCAAAGCGACUUUAAAUUAAUUAUACACUUUUGAUCGUAUCUCCUAAUGUUUUGGUGCUAAAAUAUGACAAAUUAUAAUUUCAUUUUCUUUAUGCAUAUUAUUAUAUUUCUCGGUGUUUCUCAAUGAAAUCUUCGUGUAUUGUGAGAUAUUACUUAUAGAGUACCUACUUUAAAUUGUAUAAGUACC